AUGCAGUGCUCAUGUGGACCAGACUACUACACCCUGAAUCCUGACUACAACAAUGAAUCAUAUGUCAUCUACAUGUUCUCCUGCCAUUUUAUAUUGCCAGUCACCGUAAUAUUCUUCACCUAUGGACGGCUUGUGUGCACUGUCAAGGCGGCUGCAGCUCAACAGCAGGACUCAGCAUCUACCCAGAAAGCUGAGAGGGAAGUUACAAGAAUGGUCAUCUUAAUGGUUUUGGGUUUCCUGGUAGCUUGGACCCCUUAUGCCACUGUUGCUGCUUGGAUCUUCUUUAAUAAGGGAGCAGCUUUCAGUGCCCAGUUCAUGGCUAUUCCUGCCUUCUUCUCAAAGACCUCAGCCUUAUAUAACCCUGUCAUCUAUGUGCUGCUAAACAAACAGUUCCGUAACUGCAUGCUGACCACUCUUUUCUGUGGAAAGAACCCUCUUGGCGAUGAUGAGUCCUCA